CUUAUAGUGCAGCAGCUGCUGUAGCUGUUCUUACUCUUCUCAACCAUCCAAGAGCUAACAAUGCAGCAGCCUGCAGUGUGUCACCUGCCAAAUGAAGAUGUGGAAGUCCUGAAUUCCGAGUAUGGAAAGAACGUGAUUAAACUCCUUCGCAUUAGAAGAGAUGGCAAGAAACAUUGCAUUAAAGAAGUGGAAGCUUGUGUACAUCUUAGACUGGAUUCUGUCAAUGAGUACUUGCAUGGAGACAAUUCUGCUGUUAUCCCUACUGACACCAUGAAGAACAUUGUCUUAGCUUUGGCAAAAUGCAAAGGGAUCCAAACUGUAGAACAAUUUGCCCUGGAUAUCUGCAAUCACUUCAUUUCAUCAUAUUGUCAUGUGGUGUACGUCAAGACCUAUGUUCAAGAGGUACCCUGGCGGCGUCUAGAAAAGAAUGGAAUUCCCCAUGUCCAUUCCUUUAUCUGUGUUCCUGAAGGAAUUCGCUUUUGUGAAGCCGAACAGUGUCGGAAUGGUUGUCCACUUGUUAUCUCUGGAAUUAAAGAGCUGAAACUUAAGAAAACAACACAGUCUGGAUUUCAAGGGUUCCACAGGGACAAAUACACCACAAUUCCUGACCGGACCGACAGGGUUUUAAGUGCAGAACUAUUCUGCAAGUGGUCCUAUGGCGAGUGUCAAGAUAUUGACUUUGACUGCGUAUGGAACACUGUUCAUGAGUGUGUCCUGGAGGCAUUUUCUGGGCCACCUGACUGUGGGGAAUACUCACCCUCUCACCAGAAGACUGUCAACAAUAUUCAGAUGCUCACCCUGGCGAGAGUUCCACAGAUACAGGAGAUUGAAAUCACCUUGAACAACAUUUAUUAUGAUGUCAUAGACCUGCAGAAAUUUGGACUGACCAAUGACAAGGAGGUUCUGAUCCCAGUGGACAUUCCCUACGCUUCUUAUACAUGCACCCUGGGUAGGAAGAAGUGCUUAAGAGAGCAAGCCUAAGAUGCAAGAGUUGAGCAGCAAGUCAAUUGGCUGGAUGUUUUGACAAGGGACCAACUGAACAUAUGGGCUCUAUUCACCCAUAUAGGACACACUUACCAUGCGGAUUUCUUUUCAGAAUGUAUCCAUUCCAUUCAUUGACCUGACUUUUCCCUCUACAAAUUACAGAGAUUGGGAUUUUGAAAAGAGCCUAAGGAAUUCAGCUAUCCAAAUCCCAACGAAUCUCAAUAGGAUUUGUGCACCUAAGUCCCUUGGGUUCCUUUGGAAAUCCCAGCCAGAAACAUUAAAAUCAGUUCAUUAGAAGACAAUUAUUUUUAGGCUUAUUAUGAAAGUUCCAAUUAAUUAGUUAGUGUCUGUAAUGUGCUUUGCACAUUUAUAAUCCUAAAUAGGUUUUAUGCAUUAUUUAUUAAUGUGCAUGCAUUAAUUCAUUCUUCCUAUUAACACUAAAAUUAAUUUACUGGCAUGAGACCAAAUUUUUAGGUGGUGUAAACUGGUACGACUUCAAUGGACUACAAUGAUUUACACAGCUGAGGAUCUGGCCCAAUAUAUAAGUAAUAAUUCUCUAAUUUACAUAUUGCCAAUGUAAAUUCAAUUAGAUCCUGAUUUCUUCAUGAAGCAAAUGAGGAAAUAAAACCACAUUCUACCUACUUAUAUAUUAUAUCUUCCUUACAAUAUUAAUAGUACAGAUGUUUCUAUUUAAGGGUUCUAGUUAGAUGGCUGCUGCAUUAUUGCUCAUCAAACAACCAGCUAUGGGGAUUAUGCAGCUAUAUAACUGCUUCUAUGUUAAUCAUUGAAACGCUUAAGGGGUUAAUGCUCUGUGGGGUUAUUUAGGUCUUAUUCUUUAAUUUAACAAUACUAUCAUGACUUUUGAGCAGGCAGAAGUUAACCCAAAAAGUAAGCUAUGGCUUUUUGGGGAGAAAAAUGGGUAGGCAAAUUCCACUUUAUUUACAACUCCAGGACAUACCUUUGAGCACAGAUAUUAAAUAGCGAAAUCAGCACAUCUUACACCGAUGUGUUCCCAACCUGUCGCUAACACAUCCACAAUAUAAAACCUGCUCAAAUCCCAUCAGCUUGAAACUUCUGCCUUUAGUUUCCAAGGGCAGGAUUUUGAAAACUACUAAAUGACAUAGGACCUUAAAUCCAAUGUGACUUGUGCCCAAAUCACUUAGGCACUUUUGAAAAUCUCACCCCAAAAGUCUUUGGGCAUUAAACUCCUCACUCAAUACAUUUAGACUUAUUUUGCCCUACUGGAUCUGAUCACGUGCUUUGGGUAGCACUAAAAAUUAGGGAACACAACCUGAAUGGGCAUUUAGGAAACUGAGGUUGCUUGCAACAUAGGAGCAUCUCUCCCUCUCUCUUCCACAAAAGGAUUCAUCUGCUUAUCUUAAACACCACAUAAAAUUGGAAGGCAGCUAUUGCUCAUCAAAAUGUGAUAUCUUCUUAAAGACAAUAGGACAAUUUAUAUCAUGGGAUGGAUCUGUUCCAGGUGUGCUUUUAUUUGCCUGAACUGGUAACUAGUUGACCCAGCUAAUUGGUCUGUAGUUCUAACUCUGUGUUGGACAUUACUUCCUUCCUUGUGUGAAGUUUACUGCAUUACAUUUGAGGGUCUCAUCUCUUUUCUAUUUCUGCUACCUUAUUAUUUAAUGACUGCAUGGCCUUGUAGAUUAUCUAUGUAUCUUUGAAUGGAAAAAUA